AUGGCCUUCCCCUGGCACAGGUCCAUAAAGCUCCAGACCCUGGUCUUGCUUCUAGUAGGCCUGACUUUCUUGACACUACACUUGUGGUUCCUCCAAACCCAGCGGUCCCAGCAGACGGUGAGGCGGGAUCUCCCGAGGGAUGGCCCGACUCCAGUGCCUGAGGGUAGUCAGCCCUCGGCGCCCAGCCCAGGACCUCCGUGCGUGGCCAACGCCUCCGUGAACGCCACGCCCGAGUUCCAGCUGCUGCCCGCCCGGAUCCAGAACUUCCUGCGGUACCGCCACUGCCAGCACUUCCCGCUGCUCUGGGACGCGCCGGCCAAGUGCGCGGGCAAUGGCACCGUCUUCCUGCUGCUGGCGGUGAAGUCAAAGCCUGGGAACUACGAGCAGCGGGAGCUCAUCCGGCGCACGUGGGGGCAGGAGCGCAGCUACGGCGGACUGCGCGUGCGCCGCGUCUUCCUGCUGGGCCGGCCCGCUUCACCCGAGCGCGCCUGGCAGCUGGACCAGCUAGUGAGGCUGGAGGCGCGCGAGCACGGCGACGUGCUGCAGUGGGGCUUUGCUGACACUUUCCUCAACCUGUCGCUCAAGCACGUGCACCUGCUCGACUGGGUGGCUGCGCGCUGCCCGCAGGCGCGCUUCCUGCUCAGCGGCGACGACGACGUCUUUGUGCACACCACCAACGUGCUGAGCUUUCUGGAGGCGCAGUCGCCCGACCUCCACCUCUUCACCGGGCAGCUCAUGUACGGCUCGGUGCCCAUUCGCGAUAGAAAAAGCAAGUACUUUGUGCCCCCACAGCUCUUCCCCGGGGAGGUCUACCCGGUGUAUUGCAGCGGCGGCGGCUUCCUCCUGUCCAGCCACACGGCUGAGGCCCUGCGCCAGGCUGCCCAUGACACGCCGCUCUUCCCCAUCGAUGAUGCCUACUUGGGCAUGUGCCUGCAGCGAGCGGGCCUGGCGCCCAGCGGCCACCAAGGCAUCCGGCCCUUCGGGGUGAACCUGCCAGGCGCUCACGAGCUCUCCUUCGAUCCGUGCAUGUACCGUGAGCUGCUCGUGGUGCACCGCUUCGUGCCCUACGAGAUGCUGCUCAUGUGGAAAGCCCUGCAAGACCCUAUGCUGACCUGCAACCGGAGCCACAGACUCUUUUAA